CUAAUAAUGCUCAUUAUAUUUUCAAACGUAUAAAAGAAGCCACAAUACGAUUAUUUAACAACAGUCUAUUUGUGGCAGAACUCAAGAACUCAAGUAUAACAAACUAAGCAUAAUGAAACUUUUAGUGGUUUUUGGUGCAUUUUUAGCAGUUGCUGCUGCUCUUCCUCAUGAACUUAGUCAUGGAUACAAAGUUGAAGUAAAACACGAUUUGCAUCAUCCACAUCAUUAUCCAGUCAAUCAUCACGAACCACUCGUUCAUGAGCCACUCGUUCACGAGCCAGAAUAUCAUAAUAAACAUCAUGAUGAAGAUUUUUAUGCUUAUCCAAAGUACAAAUUCGAAUAUGGUGUAAAAGAUCCACAUACCGGUGACCACAAGAGUCAAUGGGAAAUUAGAGACGGAGAUGUUGUUAAGGGAGAAUAUACAUUAGAUGAAGCUGAUGGCACAAAGCGUAUUGUCACAUAUGAAGCUAGCGAUAAAACUGGAUUUAAUGCUGUCGUCAAGAAGGUUGGAAAGGCUCAUCAUCCAGAACACUAUAAACAACAUGGAUAUGGAUAUUAAAUAAGUUCUACCUAGACCAAAGAUUUAUGAGUUAAUUGAUGUUUUGCUUAAUUUGUGUGAUAAUUUUUUAAAAGCAAUGCAAUAAAGAUGCAAUUUUGAGGAUU